AGUCAAAACCCCAGCCUGCGCAUGCCCAGCAGCCCCGCCGCCGAGCCUGGGGCAGCUUCAGGCGACUCCCCGGACCCUAAUCUCACGCCCGUAUAGGAAAGUGCCGGCCUCUGAGAGCGCUCACGUCGGUGACGCGACGGGACGAGCACGGCGUCGCCCGGAGCUGUGAUUGCGUGCGUGCCUCGAGCCCGGUCCAGCGACGACGUAAUGUUAGCGUCGAUGCAGCGCGUAGGCGGUGUGAUCGUCUGAACUUCGCGUGCCCGGUCUGUGGCCGCGUGCCACAAGUCAGCGAGCGCUCACGACUCGCUAAGAGGGAGAGUCGUUGAGUGGCCCAGCGCAGAGGUGCACGAUGCGUCGCCCGCCGAGGGGGGCGAAGCUGGAAAGAAAGCAGGCGCCGCCAGUCCGCGUCAGCCGCGCAUUGACGCGACGCGUGCCGUGGUACGCGCUCGCCGCAUUCAUUUCUGUCUUGGUCUUCGGGAGUUUCCAUGGGUUGAGGAAUCUGGAUAUCUCCGGGCCGGCGCUUAUCUACGGCAGACUCUACCCCUGCGGGCGCCCCCCCUGCAACGGCCACGGCACGUGCGUGCGGCGGGACGAAGAGGAGGCAAGGAAACGAGCCAACAAAAAGCGCGAAGAUGCCGAACGGCAGCAGCGCGAGCACGAGGUGGCGGAACAAGUCGAGCACGUCUUUGCGUCGCCACCAAAGGACGCGUGGCGACGCAAACUGAACACAGGAGCGUCGAUAUUGCCCGAACCAGAGCCUGAGCCCGAGCCUGAGCCUGAACCCGAACCUGCGCCUGCACCCGAACCUGAGCCUGAGCCGGAACCUGAGCCUGAGCCCGAGGAGACCGCCGGGCCGAGCUGGGCGCCGGCGCCCGACCCGAGCCCUGUCUGCCGCUGCCAGGAAGCCUGGAGCGGCCAACAUUGCGAAAAAGCGGCGGACCAGCCCGUCGUUCUCCGGGCAAAGGUCCAAAUCCUCUACCAGACUGUUUUCUACGGUGUCUGAACCUUCGACGCGGUCGCGGCAUCGUCGCAUCGAUGGCGUGGCGGUGGACGCAUUGCCCACCCCUAAGCCAUCGACGCGUCUCCCCAACGCAGGCGGCCAUCCGCAAGCUCGAGAUUCAAGGUAGUUCGUUCUGCCAGCGACCCUCAUUAGCGUUCCAGCCUCCUUUGACCGAUGGUGUCGACUACUCUAUUACCAGGGCUACCUCGGAGAAACUCUCAUUAACCCAAAAGCCGCACAAGAAGUGGCGCUACAAGGCCGGGCCCUUAUAUCUCAUGUCGAUCCAGUGCGGUUCUGAUGCGCCCGUGGAACUCGCCAACGGUUGGGGCCCGGGCAUCGUGGUGGCGACGGUGCUCGCGGACCCGACCAUCGAGGCCUCGGAGCGCAAGAUCUACGCGACGCUCACGAAACGACUCAUUGUACGAGGUUCUGGUUUCUCAUUGGACGGCACCGAGCUGACGUUGCGACCGACGUCGCGCAGUUCAUAUGAAGUAGAGUCCGUAGAGAUGGCCGAGAUGGUCCUCAUCCUCAAGGAGGGCAAGUCCUGGGCGCCGGCCAAGACCAUGGACGACGGCAAGCCUGUCAGUAUUUACGUGACGAAGAUCGACACCGGUGCCGGCGAGGUCGUCAUGGAGGACGACGGCGCGAUUGUGGCUAGGGUCUUCCCGGACCCGUCGGGCGACGAGCGAGCGGCGGCAGAGGAGCGCGAGCGCGCCGAAGAGGAACGCGUCAAGAGGAAAAAAGAGGCGCGUCGGGAGCAAGAGGAGCGAGAGGAGCGGGAACGAUGGCAAGAGUGGCAUGAGGGGGACGAGCGGAUGGCUCGUCGUGAAGCGUGGCUCGAACCCGCAAGAAACAUCCUGUACUACAUCGUCGUCGUGGCCGUCGUGGCCGUCGGCGCCGUCAUUGUCAUUGGCGUCGUCCGCUUCGGCGCCGUCCUUAUCGCCGACGUUGCCAGGUCCGUCGAGAUCAUCUACGAUGAAGAUGGAAAUGUGGUCUCACUCGAGUGGCUCAGUGCGGAUACGGACGCCGAGAUGGUCCCCGCCGACGCGAUCGCGAACCCUAACAUAUCCCGUCGACGGGAUAUGUUAUACGGCACUUUCACUUAGGGAGACCUCAAACGGGGCACUCGGCCCAAACUCAAAAAACCCGCUUUCCCUUUAAAAGGGUAGACGACAACGCGCAGACACAAAACGCAAAAUCGUAAGCCAAAAUGGAUUAAUUUUAAAGCGGAAAAAUAGAUUUAGCCUGAAUCUCUUGAAAACGCCUAAUCUCCAAGAGAGCUAAAAACGGCAAACACCCUAAAAAUCGACGGGAUAUGUUAACCCCACGCUCUUCAAGCACUUCUUCAAGCGCCUGCUCGACGCGUGACAGUAGACACGAAUUGCCCCGCCGCAUCCAGAGGUUUCAUAAG